AAACUUGACUGCUAACUAUCAAGUUAUUGUUUAAUUAGAUUCUGUACUCAUACGAUCGAUUUCAAUAUAAGUUAUGAGUUCUCAUCUGUAUUUCUCAAUGAAGAAAUCAUUUGAUAUUGUUGAAGAGAAUGCUUCAUAGCUUCUUUCACUAUACAUCAUUCACAAUUUAUGAACAAAAUCAAUUAUUAGAUAUAGAACGACAAAUAUUCUCUUCUAUAAUACUUUCGAUACAACGGGUACGAGUUAAAUAUGAUCAACUAUGAUUAAAAGUAAAAGAGCAAUAAAUCCUAGUAUCUGAUUGAAUAUGGAUACUAAUAUUUUCUUUAGUAUUAUCAUCGAUCUUUAAUUUAGGAAAAAUCUAAUUUCAAAUAAAAUAUUACUAUCCGAAUAAGAAUGACUUAAGUCACGAUCCAAGUCAGCCAAUCGUUCUUAGCAUGUAAGCAUCGUUCUUUAUCGGAAAAAGAUUGUCAUGUUCGCAAGAACGUGCCCAGUGCAAAUCUGAAAUCCGUUUUUUGAAACUCAGUUCCGUGCGGGAGAUACAUAAUUUUAAAAAACUUUAAUUAACACAUGGUGAUUUCCUUAUAUGGUUAUAUACGGCUGAAUAUUAUGUGAUCAUUAAUAUAUGAGAUACUAUAUGCAUAUACAUUUCGAUUAUCAUUUUUUGUCACUUAAACCCAUCAUGAUAGAAACUAAUCUAGUUUAUUUUAUCUUCUUGAUUAAUUUGAUGGAUUGUUCGUGCAAAGUUUUUUUCAUUAAUAUUUCGUCUUUGUAUAAUUUAUUAACUUAUCCAGUCAUUGCAAAUAAACCAUUAAAUAUUAUAUCAUCAGAUGAAGAUGCUCAACAUGAACGUAAACUUCAUGGUCUUGCUGAUUGUGUUAAAAAUCCUAAUCGAUUAAUUGUUUUUUCAUCGAACAUUAAGAGAAUGAAAUCAAGAGUAAGUUAUUUUAUUUUAUUUUAUUUUAAUUAA